AUGGAGCAACCAGAAGACUUCUUACUCUCCUUCCUCUGUGAGCAAAUAAAAAUUUUGUUAGCCUACCGGGUUUAUUUUUAAAAAUAUUUAUAUGGAAAUUUAUAAUAAUUUUUUUUUAAAAUCCCAAAUCGAAAUAUAGAAUUUUCCCAUAGAUGGCGCUGUUUGCCCUUGAUUUGCCCACUAGGAAAAUUUUUUGGUUUGGCCAAACCAUAUGGUACUGGUCGAACAAAAAAUUUUCACAGUGGGCAAAUCAAGGGCAAACAGUGCCAUCUAUGGGAAAAUUUCUAUAGCUUUAAAGCAAAUAUUAAUUUAAUUUGUCAAAUUUAUAUUUUAAUAUGCAAGCUGUUUAAAAUAAACAGAAUUAACUAGAGAUUUCAGUAUAAUAAUUAUCAUUUAAUAAAAAUUUUUUUAUUUUUUUUCCGAAAAAAUAGGAAUUUUUCCAAUGGGUGUUCGCUUAUGGAUGGGGCUGCUAGAAGAAGGAAACAGUUGUGAAGAUCAAAAUCCUGCACCUGAUCAAAACAGUCAGUCUGAAGUCAAGAACCAAGAGCUAUUGGCAAUGACCGUCGAAAUCGGUGACGGCCGACAAGAUAUCAUUAUCAUUUACGAAAAUGACGACCCCUCUCAACUUGCUCAAGAUUUCGCCAAAAAGCAUUUUCUUGACAAAUCCAUGCAACAUUCCUUAGAGUCCUUAAUUAAACAAAACAAAGAAGCUGUUAUGAAAAAUGCCAAGCUCCAAGACCCAGGAAAAGUCCAAGAUUUUUAUGGAUCAUAUUCAAGCUCCCGUCAACAAGAAGUCAUUCAACAGCGAGAUAAUAAGAAAAAAAAGCCAAAGGCAGCUGCAAAAGAUGACUUUAAUUAUAAUGCCCCAAAUGAUGCUCCACAUAUCUCAAGCGGUAGCAUCUAUGAAAGACUAGCAAAACAAUCGAAAACUGCAAGACCAAAAACAGCUUCUUCAGCGUCAACUAGUCAGCUGCAUACAAAUAAGCAGAAUCCUAGUAAAAGGAAUUAUGGGGAAUGGUUGUAUUUGAAAGGCCUAAAACAAAAAGAAACAGCAAAACAAAAAAUCGAAAAUAAAAAAAAUGAAAUUGAAGAAAAAUCCGCCAAAGAGUUUACGUUUACACCGUCAAUUAAUAAGACAUCAGGAUCUGUAGCCUCAUCUAGAAAUGAAGUAUAAGCUAAAUCUAAGUUAAUUAUUAUAAAAAAUUUGCAUUCGUCCUUUAUUUGUCUUCUAUAUUAUAUGAUCGGUUGCUUAAAUUUCUGAUCGGCUCCACGAGCCAAAGAUGGAUUCCACGCGUGAAAAUCCAGAAAUUCCAUGUGGAAACCCAUUUUUGGCUCGUGGGAGCAGAUCAGAAAUAACACCAAAAGACUAUAUUUAUUUCUCAUUAUUUUUGCCAAUUUAUUUAGAAAUGAAGAUAAACUAGAAAAUUAUUUAAUAAAAAAAGGAAAGCAAUAUGAAGAGCAUAAAGAAAAAAUUAAAGCAGAAGUUGAAGAGGAACAAAUGAAAGAAUGCUCAUUCGUGCCAGCUAUAAAGGAGAGGCAGCUAAAAUCAAGAGACUACAGCAAAUCUGUCCACGAAGAGCUAUUCCAGCAAGCUUCUAAACGAAAAGAAAAGAAGCUUGAACAAGAAAUCAAUAGCAUCAAACAGUUCAGUUUUAGACCUGACAUUGCAAAGCAAAGGACCACCGAAACCAAAGAAGAAUUUGUCGAAAGGCUAAUUAACUCCAAGCUUAAAUUUGAAGAAGAAAUGGAAGCUGCCAGACAAAGCCAAAUCGUCACCCACGACGAAAGCACAGGUCAACAGCUUUUCCGGCCUCAAACCUAUAGUAAAGUCAAUGUAAGAUUUAUAUAGCGAUCUGCAGACACUCCUAUUUGGGAACAUUUAUAUUCUCUAAAAGACGUAAAAGCUGCUAAUAUUGAUAAAGAGCUAAGAAUGCAAACUGAAAGACUUGCAGAAGCUUCUAUAUCAGGCCGAAGGCCCAGUGAUAACUCUCAAAAAAUAUUCGAAAAAUUCAAAACAAGUCAACUGGAAAGGAUUUUUAAGCUUUUAGAUUCUGAUCAAGACGGCAGCAUCUCAUCAGGAAAUAUUUCUAUUGAUACGCUUGAAGAUAAAACUUGUGAAAUAAUGGCACCAAUAUUUGAAGAAAUUGAAGAAGAAAAUCUGACCCUUGAUUUUGCAGCUUUUGUUGAAAAAAUGAAUGAGCUUUUGAAAAAUUUGAAUAUUGAAGAAAAGGCGUAUAUUCUCAAACGGGAAACAAAACCUGAGCCUGAAGAAGUGAAAAAACCAAGAAUUAGUGAAAUGUCAAUUAAAUUAAGUGAAAAGUCUAGAGGGAAUUUACCAGAGAAUAUUUAUGAGAGGUUAACAAUGACUCAGCAAUUAAAACAGUUGAAGUUGGUAAAGGAAAGAGAGGAGAGGGAAAUGGCAGAAGUGAAACAAUGCACGUUUAGGCCGUCAUUGAGAUCUAGAUAA